AUGGUUGCAUCUCCAGGAUUAAAUCCAGAAAGUUCAUAUGGAAAUACCGUUGAACUUAUUCGAGACCAAUUAUAUUAUUCCUGUUUCUCUGAGAAUACAGAGGUUGACGUAGAUGUGAAGUAUAUUAGAUUAAGUGAUCAUGUACAUUACGAGCCGUUUUAUUCUGACUUUGGACCGUUGAAUUUAUCCGUUUUAUAUCAUUUCAGCCAAUGUCUUCAUCAACUUGUGAGUGCAAAGAAAAGAAAAGUUGUUGUUUAUGCUUCUUCUGAUGAGGAGGAGAGAUUAAAUGGGGCUUAUAUUGUUGGUGCUUAUAUGAUAAUUUACCACGGUAUGACCGCGGACGCUGCCUAUUUGAAACUCGAAAUGGCUCAGCCACCGAAGUUCAUAGGUUUCCGGGAUGCUGCUAUGGGCGAACCCACUUAUCUUCUGCAUCUUCAUGAUGUUUUACGUUCUGUUGAGAAGGCUCUCCAAUUCAAGUGGUUUGAUUUCAAAACUUUUGAUGCUCAAGAGUAUGAGUUCUAUGAAAGAGUAGAAAACGGAGAUCUGAAUUGGAUAAUUCCCAGCAAAAUUUUAUCUUUCUGUGGUCCCCACAAUGAAAGCAUUGUGGAAGACGGCUAUCCAUACCACGCUCCUGAAGUGUAUUUUGACUACUUCCGAAAAAAAAAUGUUUCAACUAUAGUGCGAUUAAACAUGCAUAUGUAUGAUGCCAAAAAAUUCUCUGAUGCUGGAUUCAAACAUGUUGAUUUGUUCUUUAUUGAUGGUAGUACGCCUUCUGACGAAAUUGUUAAAACCUUCAUAGACAUUGUCGAUAACGCCAAAGGUGCUGUAGCUGUACAUUGCAAAGCAGGUCUCGGAAGAACAGGCACUUUAAUUGCAUGUUGGAUGAUGAAGCAGUUUGGAUUAACUGCGGCUGAGUGCAUGGCCUGGCUACGCAUUUGUAGACCUGGUUCAGUAAUCGGUCCUCAACAACAGUGGCUAGUUGCGAAGCAGAAGUUUUGUUGGUCAAUGUCCAAUAGAAAAACCGUGCAUAAUCCUCGGAAGCAUCGCGAUAGCGGUUCUGAAGGCAACUACAAAGCAUUGGUUAAUAAGGUUGAUGAUAUCAAACUAACUCAUGCAUCUAUUGGUUAUCGUCAAAAUGAGAACGUUAGAACAAGACCUGCAAUACUUCCAGUUCGAAGAUCUCAACGAGGCGAUGUUACUAAUGGUAAUGGUGUUAUAGAUGAGACUGCGUUAGAUAGCUUAGGAAGGUCUCAAGGUGAUCGACUGUUAGCUAUGAAAGUUAGAAGUCAACACCAACAGCUCUCACCCCACAAUGGGAAUAUAGAAGCAAAGUAUGAUGUCAUUUCUACACGGACGAGACAGCACAAAAUGAACAACUUGUUUCCUCAAACUCUUUCAACACCUACAAAGAACUCCGUGUCACGGUCAUCUGCGCUCUCAGUAACACGCUUCUCCUCUCCAACAACUCCAAUAAAGCCUAUGUCACCAUCCACAACUUCAUCAACACGCUCAAAGUUCUCGCAUAUCACUGGCUCUCGAUUUGCGCCGGCGCCGAUCGCUAAGGUCACUGUCGAGGGUAGUAAAUCAACUUCGAAACUCUUAGCAAGUAAAAUAGCUUCUCAACGAAAGCUCUCAUCAAAUAAUCUUAGAACAAGACCGUACCCUUCUCAGGGUACCCGUGUUGAUUUGUCGGCUACAGGAACAUCUUAUGAGUUAAGAUCCAGACCAUCUGCACGAGCUCUGGAUUUACCCGAGUCAGCCCUCCGCUUACCACCGAACACAGAUGCUUUGCUGGCUCGAAGGAAAAAACGGUCGACUUAA